CGCUAAUUUGUGUAUAAAUCUGGGAGGAUUGAAUCGAUGAACUAACUUUGAAUAAUAUAUCCCUUUUGCAAAUGUUUGAUGUUUAAAUUUUACAAACGGUGCAUAUUUCAAGGUGAAACUGAUAAGCGUUGAAAAAUGUUGACUUUGAUCGUCCAACACCCCGUCAAUUUUUAUCACGUGAGUCAAUACUCCACCAAUGGGAAAAUAAUUCUAUUUGUUGACCUGGUGCACGUGGAUCAAUUUAAUUUCAACACGCAUGUGCAAUAACCUCAUAACCCUAGAACCUGACGUCUGCUAAGAAUGACAGUCCCUGGUCACACGUCGAAUAUGGAGGAAAAACAGCAAUCGGUGUCGGGGACUCCGAAUGAAGCAAAUCUUUUGAAAUUAAUGGAACGCACCGGUUACCCAAUGGUGCAAGAAAAUGGACAGAGAAAAUAUGGACCGCCGCCCGAUUGGAAUGCCCAAAAUCCACCUCGUGGAUGCGAGAUUUUUGUGGGCAAAAUACCAAGAGAUUGCUAUGAAGAUGAACUAGUUCCUGUUUUUGAGCGUGUUGGAAAGCUUUAUGAACUCAGGCUAAUGAUGGACUUUUCAGGGAGCAACAGAGGGUAUGCAUUCGUGAUGUAUACGAAUCGUGCCGACGCACAGAAAGCGGUCCGGGAACUGAAUAACUUUGAAAUUAGAAAGGGACGAUUGUUGGGUGUAUGUACCUCUGUUGAUAACUGUCGUCUGUUUGUCGGUGGAAUUCCGAAAAUGAAGAACAGAGAAGAAAUACUUCAAGAAAUGAAAAAAGUCACAGAGGGAGUAGUGGAUGUGAUUGUGUACCCAAGUGCUGUGGAUAAAAGCAAAAACCGGGGGUUUGCGUUUGUUGAAUAUGAAAGUCAUCGAGCUGCAGCUAUGGCAAGGAGAAAGUUGAUUCCGGGUAGAAUUCAAUUGUGGUCCCAUCAGAUUGCUGUGGAUUGGGCAGAACCCGAGCAAGACGUCGACCAAGAAACGAUGUCCAAGGUGAAAAUACUCUAUGUACGAAACUUGAUGUUAAGUACUACAGAGGAAACUAUACAAAAGUUCAUGAACUCAAAGUUGGGGAAGGAAAAUGCUGUGGAACGUGUGAAAAAGAUUAAAGAUUAUGCCUUUGUUCAUUUUAAAGACAGAGAUGAUGCUCUCCAGGCUAUGGAACUAACAAACAAUGCAACUAUUGAUGGAGCCCGAGUAGAAGUUGUACUCGCAAAACCAGUUGAUAAAAAUGAUUAUAGGAACUACACUAGAGGCAAAAGUGCAUUUCAACAGGAUGAUAUUGAGGAAACUUUAGAGGCACAAUUAAAGCAACUUUCAUUUGAGGCAUUCAGUGGAUACAACUUGUACAGCGAUCAAGCUAUGAUUAAUCAAAUUUUUCCUCAAUCUGGCAGGGACUUUCAAGGCAGGACUGCUGUGGGGAUAAGAGGUGCUUUGAGAGGGAGAGGCCGGGGUGCUGCAGGGUCUCGUGGUGCUGGAAAUCAAAGAGCUAAUAUAAUACCUGGAUUAAUGGGGAGGGGCCUUCGAAGAUUUCCUCAUGAGAUUUUAGAUGACUUUUGUCAGAAAAAUGGCCUUGGUUCCCCAAUUUACCAACUUCACUCAACUGUGAAUGGGGAUGCUCAGUUAUUCUUGUACAAGGUCACUAUUCCAGCUUAUCCCAAUCCAUUUCAACCCAAUAAGUUAUGUCGUACAGUUGAUGAUGCUAAAUGCUAUGCAGCAGAAUUUGUUAUGUCUCAAAUGGGCAUUCCAUUGGAUGGUCCUCCAGAGAUGCCUACAGGUCCUGUAGUGGCUUCUACCCCUGUCGCCCCUAACCCAUAUCAGGGGCGACCCAUAGGACCUGCUUAUGCAUCCAUUCCAAGUGCUGUGUCUGCCCGUCCAGACCUGACUUUUGCUUCCACCAUGCCGGUGGUUACUAGUGCACCGCCUUCCUAUGUAAUGGCACCAGGGGAGGUACCACCACCACCUCAAAACUGUCUUCUUUUAACAGUUGCUGCUUAUGACACAGGAUACAUGAAGUGAGAUUACAUACAACUCUUCAUCAACAUACAUGUGACAGAUUUGCAUAAUAUUUUUAUUUUCUUAAUAGUUUGAAAUGGGAGAAAUAGAAGCAAAAUUAGUCAUAUGUCAGUCUAGUGAUCAUGAUUCUGACAUUUUAAUUUGCAGUGUUGAUUUGUGGAUAUUGGUUGUAUUUUAAAAUGACAUGGUUGAAAAAGUUUACACUUUUAAAACUGAAGGACAGGAGAUAUUGUAUCUGUUGGUAUUAUUCUAGUUGUUACAUGUAUUAUUGCAUGCAAUUUUAAUGUUAAAUGUUGACACCAUUUUAACUUUUAACAGUGUUCUAUUGAACACGUAUGUUCACUUAAGAUUUUAUUCUCACCUUUUGAGGAUACCUUUUUUUUGUAACUUUUUUUUUACAAAGGUGAAAUUUUAAUAUUGAUGGAACCAAAUAAGAAUGAGUUGCAUGAUAUUGUACCACAAAACAAAUAUUUGUUUAACUAUUACAUCUCUUAAAUUUUGUUUUAAUCUGUGUAUCUCUUGGACAUGUGAAAUUGAUCCCUGUUGAGUUUUAGAACGAUGUAUGGUACAAUAUCGUUUGCCAAUAUAACAGUUCUUUUAAUUUAUGGAUGAGAAAGCUGUUGAUUUGUGAAUAUUAUACAACUACCCCCUUGUGCAUUGCCAUCAAUAGUGCCAAAAGUUUCAUUAUUUCUUUUUUUUAUGUAACAUUAGUGUAUAGUAAAAAGGUAGAAAAAUUGGCAAUGUUUACAACAUAAUAAUUAAUGUAACACUAGUAAAUUAAAGUUAAAAGUGCUUGAUCUUGUGAAAAAAAUCAAUCAAAUUUGUUGUAAAUUACUACAAGGAAAACUUAAUUCCACUUGAUAAGUAAAUGUGCAACAUCGUAAUUUUGAAUUUAUAGCGUGUUUAAGGAAAGGAAAGUGGUUAUACAUCAUGGCAAAAAAAGUGUUCACCUUCAUUAACAAACUUGCCAGUUUACUGUUAUUAAUCAACCUCACCAAAUAGGUAUUGUUAUAGGUGAACAUGAGAAUGUUCACAGGCGAAACUCGAGUGUCUCUCAUUUGAAAUGCUUGAAAUAUCUGUUGAUCCUGAGUAACAAGAAUGUGCUUUGCAGAUAUUGCAGGUUUUCUUUUUGUUUUUUUUAAGCAUACUAUAUAUGUAGAACCUAGCUGAUUCUUACUUGGGCAGUCUGAUUCAUAGAAAUGCAUGUUUAUUUUUGGUUAAAGGACAAUGUUUCUUAAUUUGUUUUCUUUUUGUUAAUUAUUUAGUUUGGUGGUGGUAAUUAUAAUUUGUAAUGUAGAAUUUUUGUAGUAUUUUGUCAAUUAUAAGGUAAUCAGAUUUUUUUCUUUUUGUAUUAUUUAGUGAUGUUAAUAACCAGCUUUCAUUUGGUUUGUCCAAUUUUUUUUAGUCAUUCAUUGUCUGUCAGAUAGAACCUCUGUGGUGCUUAUUUAAAUGUAAAACUGCAUGUGUUUAAUGUUUUAGUUAUUCUUGUGUUUAGUGUGUUUGUUGCUUUAUUUUGAUUAAUAUUAUUUGCUUUUAGUUUGCCUUUUAUGCAUAUCAUUAUCAAGCACAAUUAUUUGAUUUUUAGAGAAAGUGUCCAAAAGACUUUUGAACUAAUCAUACAGAUAGCUUGCCAUCAACCAAACUAAACCAAUAAUACAUUUUUAUGCCUAGCUAAACAGAUCUAUCCUUGACAAUUUGUUCAACAUAGAAGUGAUCUUUGUAUUUUAUAACACUCAGGAAGAGAUGUUCUUCAUUCCCUUGCCUAGCAUAUCUGUGAUAAAUUGUGUUGGGUAGCUCUAAAGCAAUUUUUCUUUCUGUAUGGAACCUUAAUAUUGCAGCAUUAUUUAGAGAAUAUUUGUAUAUUGGAGUUAAUUUGUUCUUGAAUUCAUGAGACUCAAGAAAGGGAUUGGAACAUUUUGUUUACAAGUCUAUUAAUCAGGUAAAGAUAGAAAUUUAUUUUCUCAGAAAAUAUUGCUAAGGAGCUACCAUAAUGUAUACACAAUCCAUUUUUAAUUUUUUGCAAAAACCCAUAUGCAAGACGUAAAUCAUGAUAUUAAGUCACAGAAUUAUGGUGUUAAACUCGAACCCCUCAAAAAGACUUUACAGGGAGAUCCGAAUUGUGUUGUAAUGUGAGAGCUUUGUUACAACUGAAAACUUGAGAACAUUAUUUGUAUUCUUAGUGUAGGUAUCUUUACACUAUUUUUUUUCCAUUUGUUAUGAUUUGUUGAGAUAUAAUUCAGGUGUAGAUUGGUUGCCAUUGUGCAGAGGCAAAUUUUGUUACGAUUUGUUCCAUAUAAUCUGGUUAAGUAACUUCACAUUCCAAUAUGUACAAUUUGAUAAACAUAUAUCAACAUUCCAUUGUAUCAAUCAGAGCUUAAAUAAAUGUUAGUCAUCUGUAUACAAA